AUGGCCGCGCAGUCAGGCAACAGUAACAACGGCGGCGAUGAUGAUAAUAAAAACAGCGGCGGCGACGAUAACAACAGCGCCAACAACUGCAGCAAAGGAAACAACAGCAGCACCGACAGUAAUAAAACCAACAACAACAGCAAAGGAAACAACAGCAGCACCAACAGAAAUAAAACCAACAACAGCAGCACCAACAGUAAUAAAACCAACAACAGCAGCAAAGGAAACAACAGCAGCACCAACCGUAAUAAAACCAACAACAUUAGCAAUGGAAAAUACAGCAGCACCGACAGCAAUAAAACCAACAACAGUAGCAGUGCAAACAACAGCAGCACCUACAGUAAUAAAACCAACAACAGCAGCAAAGGAAACAACAGCAGCACCAACAAUAAUCAAACCAACAACAGCAGCAAAGGAAACAACAGCAGCACCACCAAUAAUAAAACCAACAACAGCAGAACCAACAGAAACAACAGCAGCACCAACCGUAAUAAAACCAACAACAGCAGCAAAGGACACAACAGCAGCACCAACAGUAAUAAAACCAACAACAUUAGCAAUGGAAAAUACAGCAGCACCGACAGUAAUAAAACCAACAACAGUAGCAGUGCAAACAACAGCAGCACCUACAGUAAUAAAACCAACAACAGCAGCAAAGGAAACAACAGCAGCACCAACAAUAAUCAAACCAACAACAGCAGCAAAGGAAACAACAGCAGCACCACCAAUAAUAAAACCAACAACAGCAGAACCAACAGAAACAACAGCAGCACCGACAGUAAUAAAACCAACAACAGCAGCAAAGGAAACAACAGCAGCACCGACAAUAAUAAAACCAACAACACCAGCAAAGGAAACAACAGCAGCACUGACAGUAAUAAAACCAACAACAUCAGCAAAGGAAACAACAGCAGCACCAACAGUCAUAAAACCAACAACAGCAGCAAAGGAAACAACAGCAGCACCAACAGUAAUAAAACCAACAACAGCAGCAAAGGAAACAACAGCAGCACUAACAGUAAUAAAACCAACAACACCAGCAAAGGAAACAACAGCAGCAAAGGAAACAACAGCAGCACCGACAGUAAUCAAACCAACAACAGCAGCAAAGGAAACAACAGCAGCACUAACAGUAAUAAAACCAACAACAGUAGCAAUGGAAACAACAGCAGCACCAACAAUAAUAAAACCAACAACAGCAGCAAAGGAAACAACAGCAGCACCAACAGUAAUAAAACCAACAACACCAGCAAAGGAAACAACAGCAGCACCAACAGUAAUAAAACCAACAACAGCAGCAAAGGAAACAACAGCAGCACCGACAGUAAUAAAACCAACAACAGCAGCAAAGGAAACAACAGCAGCACCGACAGUAAUACAACCAACAACACCAGCAAAGGAAACAACAGCAGCACCAACAGUCAUAAAACCAAAAACAGCAGCAAAGGAAACAACAGCACCACCAACAGUAAUAAAACCAACAACAGCAGCAAAGGAAACAACAGCACCACCAACAGAAACAACAGCAGCACCGACAGUAAUAAAACCAACAACAGCAGCAAAGGAAACAACAGCAGCACCGACAGUAAUAAAACCAACAACAGCAGCAAAGGAAACAACAGCAGCACCGACAGUAAUAAAACCAACAACAGCAGCAAAGGAAACAACAGCAGCACCGACAGUAAUAAAACCAACAACAGCAGCAAAGGAAACAACAGCAGCACCGACAGUAAUAAAACCAACAACAGCAGCAAAGGAAACAACAGCAGCACCAACAGUAAUACAACCAACAACAGCAGCAAAGGAAACAACAGCAGCAGCAUCAGCAACUAUAAUAACAGCAGCAGCAACAAUAGCAAGAACAACAGCAGUAGUAACUAUACCAACCGCAGCAGCAAUACCAGCAGCAGUAGUAACAGCUGCAGCAACAACAAUAGCAGCAGUAGUAACGAGAACAGCAACAACAGCAUAAGCAACAAGAACAGCAAUAACAAUAACAGCAACAACAGCAGCAGCAAUGAUAACAAGAACAGCAACAACAGCAGCAGCAAUGAUAACAAGAACAGCAGCAACAGUAACAGCAUGAACAGCAAUGAAAAGAACAGUGGCAAAAAGAACAGCAGCAACCAUUACAACAGGAACAGCAAAAACAAGAACAGGAGCAACAAAAACAGCAGCAGGAACAGCAACAAAAACAGGAACAGUAGCAGCAGAAAUAGCAAAAACAGCAACAAUAACAAACAACAGCGACAACAACAACAGCAACUAACAGCAGCAACAGUAACAAUAGGCAGCAGCAGCAACUAUAAAAACAGCAGCGCCAACAAGAUGAGCAGCAGCAACAAUAAAAAACAGCAACAACAACAGAAGCAGCAACAAUAA